UUCUGAAGUUUCUGAUUGUUUCCAAGUAAAGCAAAACAUAAGAAUGCUAUUCACUCUGCAUGACGCACAAACUCCGCAUUGAGGCCAAUUAUGACAGAAUUCUUGCAAUUACGCCCCUCCCAAAUUUAAUGCAGGUGGUACAGAUAAUGGUAUAUUCAAGUUCAUGUACAAGAGAAGGAGACAAUCCAAUAUUGUUGAGAAUGGAAAACUUGACUUGAGCAUGAAUGAAUCUUUUGUUCUAUUUAUUACUUUUUGUCUCAGCCACGUAAAUUAACAAAUUCGACUUUUUUUUUUCGAAGCCAAGAGAGCUUGUCCUGAGCCUCAUCUGAAAAAGUCACAAAAAGUAACCCAAAAAGGGUUGCUAUUUUUGUCUAAUUAACCUCUUCUCCCUUCUUUCUUUUUUCUUAUUUAUUAACAAUAUGAGUUAUCGGAAACUGACUGAACAAGACGACAUAACCAACCAAUAUACCAACGGCGUAGACGAAGCAGUGCCUUUGACAAACUCUAUCAACUCCACCAUGAACGAGAAACAGCAGCAAAAUAUUAUGGAUAACGUGCCAGCUCACCUUGAGCCUUUCCUACAGACAAAACCAACGUACGGUUUAACAGAUACAGAAGUUCAAGAAAGAAUGCAGCGUUUUGGAAGGAACGAACUGGCUGAAAAAAAGAGAAAUAAGAUACUACAUUUUCUUUCUUUUUUUACGGGCGCUAUCUCAUAUUUAAUGAUUUUGUCUCUGGUGUUAACAGCUAUCACUUCCGACUGGCUUGAUUUUGGCAUUAUUUUAGGCAUGUUGAUUAUUAAUGCAUUGAUUGGAUACAUUGAAGAAGCUCGAGCAGAAUCGUCUAUUGCUUCGCUUAAAAGCAGUCUUGCCUUGCACAGCAAAUGUUGGAGAAAUGGUCGAUUGGUAGAAGUGAAUUCUGCCGAUCUUGUUGUAGGUGACAUUAUUGUACUCAGACUUGGUGACAUUGUUCCUGCCGAUGCCCGCCUAUUGGGCAUCGGUGCUUCUGGAGAAGCCAUUGAAACUGAUAUUCAAAUUGAUCAAAGCGCUUUGACAGGUGAAUCAUUGCCAUCAAGAAAGAAGCCCGGCAAUCUUGUGUUUUCUUCUUGUGUCGUGAAACAAGGUCAACAACAAGCAAUUGUCACUCGUACAGGUCCAGAUACGUUUAUUGGUAAAACGGCAAGUCUCAUUUCCGUCACUACUGGUUCAGGAAGGUUUCAGAAAGUUAUCAAUUAUAUCGGUAACUUUUUGAUCAUUCUAUCUGUUGUUUUGGUGCUUGUUAUAUUUGCUCACGAACUGAUUGAAGAAAGAAUUCAAACUGGUACUGUUACUCGAGCUCAAGUUCUGUCUGCAUUGAACGAAAUGGUUGUCUUGACUAUUGCUGCUAUUCCAGUAGGUUUGCCAACUGUCAUGUCAGUCACAAUGGCUAUUGGUGCAAAGCAACUUGCUAAACGUCAAGUCAUUGUGAAGCGAUUAACGGCUGUUGAAGAAUUUGCUUCUGUUUCUAUCUUAUGUAGCGAUAAAACGGGUACAUUGACCAAAAACGAACUCACUUUUGACGAGCCUUAUCUUUCUGGAACGUACACUAAAGACGAUAUAUUGUUAUAUUCUUAUCUUGCUGCUGAAGUAGCUACAGAUGAUCCCAUCGAAUUUGCAGUCCGUACAGCCGCUGAAAAAUACCAUCCUCAAGUCAACAACGAUGGGAGUCAUACUGUUCAAGGAUAUAAAGUGCUUUCUUUCAAACCAUUUAAUCCCUCCGAUAAGACUGCUGAAGCUACUGUUCAAGAAAAUGCUACUGAGGAUAAAUUUCGUGUCGCCAAAGGUGCUCCUCAAGUUAUUCUGAAGCUUGUAGGUGGAGAUGCUAAGGCCGAAGAAAUGGUCGAGUCAUUUGCUGCUCGUGGUCUUAGAGCCUUGGGUGUUGCUCGUACAGUCAAUGGCUUAAACCAAUGGGAAUUAGUUGGUUUAUUGAGUUUAAUUGAUCCUCCCCGAGAUGACUCUGCUGCUACUUUGGCUGAAUGUCAGCAAUAUGGUAUCUCAGUCAAGAUGAUCACUGGUGAUCAAGGCAUUAUUGCUAAAGAAGUAGCUGGUAGACUCGGCAUGGGCAAAAACAUUCUUGAUGUUGAUGAAUUGAUUGAUCCUAGCAAAUCGGAUAAGGAGAUUUCGGAUGCCUGUUUAUAUUCUGAUGGCUUUGCUCGUGUUGUACCUGAACAUAAAUACCGUGUUGUUGAACUACUUCAAGAAAGAGGUUAUUUCAUUGCCAUGACUGGUGAUGGUGUUAACGAUGCACCCGCAUUAAAGAAAGCCAACGUUGGUAUUGCAGUGGCUGGGGCUACUGAUGCUGCUCGCUCAGCAUCUGACAUUGUUUUGCUUGAACCUGGUUUAUCAGCUAUCAUUGACGGUAUCAAGAUUUCCCGAAUCAUUUUCCAACGCUUGCAAUCUUAUGCUUUAUACCGAAUCACUUCUACCAUUCAUUUCUUGAUUUUUUUCUUUGUAAUAACACUAGCUGAAGACUGGAAGAUGCCACCUGUUUUCCUUAUUUUGAUUUCCUUGCUCAACGAUGCAGCCACUUUGAUCAUGGCUGUAGAUAAUGUAAGUAUUUCUCAUUCACCUAACAUGUGGCGUCUUCGUCUCUUGAUUGUCUUAUCUUGUGUCUUGGCCAUUGCUUUAUCUGGGUUUUCUUUUGCUCAUUUUUACAUCUUCCGCGAUGUAUUGCAUGUUACUCCCGCCGAGCUCUCUACGAUUAUGUAUCUCCAUAUUUCUUCAGCACCUCACUUUGUUAUUUUUUCUACACGUACAAAUUCUUUCUGGUGGACAAGUGUUCCUUCUUUUACAUUUUCUGCUAUUGUGCUUGGCACUCAAGUCAUUGCUCUUAUCUUGUCUGUGUAUGGUGCCUUUGGCGCUGAUGCUAAUAUUGCUGGUAUUGGCUGGCCUAGAGGUUUAAUCAUCAUUGCUAUUUCUCUAGCUACUUUCCUUAUCAUUGAUGUUAUCAAGGUCGCCACUAUAUUCAUUUGGGACAAAUGUACCAGCAAGUCAAUCAAUGAAUUUGCUUAUACCAACAAAUGCAAAGAAACCUCGAAGGCAGCCAAGUUUAUUCAAAAUCAAAAUCAACAAAAGUUCCAUUUUGGCUAUGAUAGAGCACAAAGACGCGAAUCUGACAGCUCUGUUAAAUCUUAUUAGCCAAUGCGUAUGGAUGUAUAUAUAUUUAUGAGAAUACCAUACAUAUCUUUUUCUAUAUAAUUAAAAACAAGGGUUAUUAAUUUAUUUU